UUGUGUAGUUUGCAAUAUAACCCGAAUAAUUCAGUCCCUCCCCGUGAUCGACUCUCCCACUCGCGAGGGUUAAUGUAGCCAUCGUAGAGCAGUGGAAUAUAACGACUGAAUUAUUCGGGUUAUUUGCAAUAUUACAUUAACACCUGUAGGUCAAUAGCUAGAUCGAGUGGCAAUGGCGAUAGAGGAUGCCGAUGUUCGAAGAUUUGUAACGUGGAAGAUAUUCCCAUUUGCAUUAGUAGUGGGAACAAUAUGGUAUUACAGACAGAAAGGUGUGACAUUUAAAAGCUUAAAAAGAAAGCUAGCUGCGAUAGUUUUAGCCAACUUAAUGGCCAGAUUUAACAAGAAAAGGGAAAUUGUGGCUACGAAAAAAAGAUUGUUUUCUAAUCUAGAAGAACAAAAAACGAAUAGAAGCCAGAAACUUCAAAUACUGGAGAUCGGUGUUGGUGGUGGUGCUAACUUUACAUUUUAUCCAUCAGGGAGUCAAGUUGUAUGUUUGGACCCAAACCCAAAUUUCAAAAGUUACAUACAGCAAAGCAUAGAAGAAAGUAAUGUCGAGAUGAAGCGUUUUAUUCAAGGCUUUGCCGAGAAACUGGAAACUGUAGAGGACGAUAGUGUCGACUCUGUUGUAUGUUCCAUGGUUUUAUGUUCUGUACGUGACUUGGACAAAACUAUGUCAGAAGUUCGCCGUGUGCUGAAACCAAAUGGAACAUUUUACUUCAUAGAACAUGUAGCAGCCAAACGAGGGACAUGUUUGCAUAGAGUGCAGGGAUGGUUAAACCCAAUAUGGUAUUGUUUUUCUGGAGAUUGUCAAGUAAACAAAGAAACAGGCAAGGCUAUAGACAGAGCUGGAUUUUCCAAAACUUCAAUUAAUAAUUUGAAUUUAAAUACUUAUGUGUUUUUAAUCAGACCAAUAUUAUGGGGAACAGCUACAAAGUAGACUACCAUGAUGUUUUAUUUCAAAAGUGUCAUUAAAUUGUAUUCUAGACUGUGCUAACAGGGAUAUCUGAGACAAUCUGAAAUUUGAUUUUUAAUGUGUUUAUCUUUUAUUGAUUUUAACAAAUUAUUAAUGUUUAUCAUAAAAUAAAUAUUAAUAUAUAUCAUAGUCUA